GGUGUUCAGUCUGGGUCUUUCUUCUCCAGUAAACUGUGUCGUUCAAGACAACGCUCCUGCGUUGUAUAUAUAAACUAUCAUCAGUACCCAUUAACUUAUACAGUUUAAUCCCAAAUAUCUGACGAUUUAUUAGUUUCUAAAUAACGAAUAAAUUAAAUGGAGGAAUGAAAUAACAUGAUACGAGCUAGUAUAUAGGCAUGUGUAGAAUAAUAUUCAAAAGGCAUUGCUAACACUGACGUGAAACUAAUGAAUUCACACACCAACAUCGAUCGGGCUGAGAGCCUUCCAUUCGGUUCCUCUAGAGUCUAUGAGAACGUAAAUAAUCAAAAUGUUCCUUUACUGCAUGGGAACAAUGGCUAUCCUCACGAAAGCCGAACUGUUAUCGAGACGCCAUUUACUGAAACCGGAUAUUCGUCUCAACCUAACGAUGCCACCCUCACGGAAAUGUAUCCUUCCCGGACGUCAAGUGAUGGUUCCGUUGUGACAUUACACGAUAACAAAGUGGAAGAUGCGAAGGUUAAACUGUCGAAGCUCAAGCUCAAGAAACAGCCAAUAGAUCUCAAGAGAGUUGAGCGGCAGCGCCUCCUUCGUAAUUCCGAUGCCAUCAAAGGUGACUCGGUGGACGCUGGACCUCAGAUGAACUCUUGUGGGAAGAUCACCUGGCGAUUUAAAGGGUCUAUCAAGCAUGCAUUUUCCCGUAUCAACGUUGUACGCGUUCUCAACAAGAUGGUACAAGCCCAGGCAGGAGGAGGAGUCACCGCCAUUUUUUAUCUCAUUGAAAAGCUUCUGCUCCUAAAUUUUCUGCUGGGUCUUCUCUUGUUGGCUGUAUUGUACAUGGAUCUUAGCGCUGACGAUUCGUCAAGCAACAAUGCUGAGGCCUGCAUCACAAACUGCACACCGACCAUGAACUGCUCUAAUGAAUCGGUGAAUUUAUUUCAUACCAUUUUCGAGGGUAAAGGAAUAAUCGAAAGUAGCAAAUUGUUUGCUGGGACUUACUCUAGCGAUGCAGAGUUAGCUUACUUUAUCUGCGUUAUUGCAUCAGGUUCCGUUUCAAUUGUCAUCGUCGGGGAAGCCUUGGUAAACUGGAUACUCAUGCAGCAACGUCUAAAAUCAACCAAUUGUUUCACCAUAUUCACUCCUCUCGUAUUCAAAGGCUGGAACUUCAGCACAGCAAAAAGACUCAACAAGAAGGCUGACGAGCAGCAUCUGGCACGAGAACUACAACUCAUGAUGGAGGCAGAACAAUUGCCAGAAAUCGAUGGUUUUGCAACCGCCAGGAAACGAAUCAUUGUUCAUUUGGCAUCGGUGUUUACAACUUUGAUUGGCUUGAUCAUCGUAUAUUUGUGUGUUCGUUGCACACAAAUUCUAGAUUAUUUUGGCUCUUCUCAUCGCGAAGUAGUGUGUCAGCGGUUCUUGGGCAGUUUUGGGACCAGUGUAAUAAUUGCGAUCACGGUCAAGGUAGCAGAUAUUGUGUUCAAAAAACUGGGACUGAUGGAGAAGCGAUCCCACCACGACCAGCUAUUUUGGCUUAUAUUAAGAGGCCUUACAUUCCACUUGAUGACUAUCGGAAUGAUGGCAUAUUCGGAACUGUACUCUGUAGUAGAAGAUGAAACUUGCAGUUGCUGGGAAACUAGCUACGCACAACAGAUUUACUCAAUGGUGCUCUUGAUCGGUGUGGUGCAAGUUAUGAAACUCACGAUCCUGCCGAUGUUGCGGGUUUGCAUCGUUAAAGCACCCGCAUCAUUGGUCAAGUGCAUCACACGGCAUCGCUUCGACAAAAAAGUAAACAAAUUUGUGUCGAAAAGUGCCCCCGAGUUCAAACUGGCAUCGAAUGUCUACACACUCAUCCGUUUACAAACCCUUUGUUGGCUGGCCAUUCCUGUGUCGCCCAUGAUGCCCCUGCUGGUUUGCUUGGUGCUCUUCAUUUGCCUUCUCACAAAUAUGUUCAAUGUUUUUGUAUUAAAGCUCCGACCAAAACUGUGGUUUGGGCAAGCCCGAGCAUCUUCAUUUUUUUCAACAGCUCUUUGUUUAAGUUUAGCUGUGAGCUUCUUGCCUAUCACGAAUGUGAUGUUCAUGAAGAAGCCCUCAAGCGACUGUACGCCCUACAGAGGCAAUGAGAAGCAGUAUGAUGCAGUCUGGAGCAGCGAAAGCGGUCCCGACAACGUGAUGUUGCUCGUGCUGAUGGCUAUCAUCGUCGAGAUCCUGCUCGUCAUUCUGCUCACUGCUGUGUUCUGUCCUCGAGUGCUCGUCGUCGAGUCAGUCCAUAAACGUCGGCAGCGUAAGCAACAAAGUAUGAUAGUAACUGGGUAAUAGUAAUACGAUUUCAAAGAUAAUUAGUAGACUUCCGAUUAACUCCGAUGAUUUCUAUGCGCUAUAGAAGAAGUUUGAUUUCCUUGAGUAAAAAAUCGAAAAACAUAAGUACCAUAUAAAAGUUAUUUUACUGAUUCUUUAAUUAGAAAUUGAACCACAUUGAUUAGAAGUUGUUCAGCCAUAUUUGUUAGGAAUAGAAUUCAUUACUGUUAAAUUUAGAAGCAAUUAGGAGGAAGACCCGAUCCGUUAGUUAGGGUCGAUUAAUUUUAAUAGGUACAUGCUUUAAUUUUAUGGUAUUAUAUUCCCCAUGCUUUAAUUUUUGUCAGUAGUUAUUCGCCUAGAAUAGCGGUUAAAUUUUUCGGGAUAUUUGUAAAACGGAGAACGAUGCAAUAUGUAGCAGAAGGCAAUGGGCGAGAAAAUGGGUUGCGAGUUUCUAGCGAUACUCGUUCAGGAAAUACAUUGCAUGAAUUUUCAGACGUGAAGCAUUUAUAAACCAAAUUCUUCUCUCAUGAACUUCUUGUUUGAUAGUUCGAUAACUAUAAGCAUUUAGGAGUAUUCUCUGAAAUAGUAUCUUCUAGUCGAGGAUAAAAAUACAUUGAUUUGGUACAA